AUGCCUCCCAAGUUCGAUCCCAAUGAGGUGAAGAUCAUCCACCUGCGUGUGACUGGUGGUGAGGUCGGCGCUCAGUCCGCCCUGGCCCCCAAGAUCGGUCCCCUCGGUCUGUCUCCCAAGAAGAUUGGUGAAGACAUCGCCAAGAACACUGGCGACUGGAAGGGUCUCCGUGUCACCGUCCGCCUGACCAUCCAGAACCGUCAGGCCGCCGUCUCGGUUGUGCCCUCCGCUUCUUCCCUCGUCAUCAAGGCCCUCAAGGAGCCUCCCCGUGACCGCAAGAAGGAGAAGAACAUCAAGCACUCCAAGUCCAUCCCUAUGGAUGACAUCAUCGAGAUUGCCCGCACCAUGCGCUCUCGCUCCAUGGCCAAGUCUCUCCAGGGUGUUGUCCUUGAGAUCCUCGGUACUGCUUUCUCCGUCGGCUGCCAGGUCGAUGGCCGCAGCCCCAAGGAUGUCUCCGACGACGUCAAGGCUGGCGAGAUAGACAUUCCCGAGGAAUAA